GUGAACAGGCAAAAUAUGGCGAAAUCGAAAAUAGUAAAGUGCGCGAAAGACUGUCAGUGAUUGUUGUUUACCAUAAGUUCGUAUAAUAAAUGCCACGUUUCCAAUCGAGGAGUAAAGUUCUGAUAUUGAUUCCAAAGUGAUUUUGGGGCAGAAUAAAUAGUUUUGAUAAAAUAGUGACCUUUGCUUCGUUUUUUCUAAUCUUUUUCGUGUUUAUUAAAAGCGGCGCGCGAUGCAACUUGGGAUAGCAAUGGUGGGCGCGUGAUUUUGAACAAAAUCGUGAUAUUGGUGAUAAACGGUGGAGGAAACUUUUUUUGUAAAAUAAUUCACAAUGGCUACGAAUAAAGGGCAAAACGUUCGGGCCCUUGUUGAAUCUGUGGGUUUGGAUACUCGAAAUCUUAAUGAGGGAGAUUUAAGUGCAUUGACACUUUCACAUAGCGAACAAUAUUCGACAAAUGAUUUUGAGGCUUAUACGAGUAUUUCUGGAGAUUUAGAGUGUAUGAAUGCGGAGGAAGUUAUGACAACCGAUGAGGAACAUGUUGUUAUCGAACAAGAAUCAGAAACUGAGGGCGAGAGUGUUCUUCCCGAUGUUGAAAUGGCAGAUGUUUCUGAUAAUGUUCAGAACGAGCAAAUUAUUUACACGACGGCAAAUCAACAUAAUCAGAAUUUAAUUUUCCAAACAAAACCAACAUUGCAAAGAGUUCCUGUCUCUACAAUUCAGAUGAAAUCACACGUUGGCCAACCAACACAGAGUCAAUCGUUCAUGAUCGUCUCACCUGCUGGCGGACAAGGAAACAGUCAAAUUUUGAAAAUUUCCCACCCGUCUGGUACUUCGCCGGGACAAUUACAAAGUUUGGCUCAAACUCUAAUAACAGCAAAAUCAGCGGAUGGAAAUAUUGUUCAAUUACGUUCGGCACAGCCGACAAAACCGAUUAUGACGACAACUCAAUCAGGAACAAUUACUUUGGGAAAUGUUCAAGGAGUGAAGACAAUUCAAUCUUCUAGCAUUAAAAGACCCAAUCAAACUGGACAUCAAAAUCGAAACCAGGUUUAUACAAAAAUGAUACUUGCCGGUAAUCAAUCACAAACUGGUCAAGUUUUAUUUACAUCGCAAGGCGAAAGUCAACAGGCGAUAAAAAUUAUAAGUAACAAUUCAUCGCAAAGUAUAUCGAAUCCAACAAAAACAAUAACUUUGGCUCAAGCUCAACAAAUGGGUCUUCUAGGUCCCAGUAAAGUUCAACAUAUUCUACCAUCUUCCACAACACAGAAACAGGGAAUUAUUGUUAAUAAACUAAUGCCAUCUUCGGGUUCGGCUUCAAAAAUGACUAUCGUUUCGAAUUCAAUAAAAUCGUCGCCGGCUAAAAUUUUACCAGCGCCGACAUUACAGACGAAAACUAUUUCAUCGUCACCUACAUUGGUUAGUAAAGGGAAUAUGCAACAUCAAACUGCUCAAAAAGUUAUAAUUCGACAGAGUUCCUUGAAACCAGGAGCGGUACUCGGUGGUGGGCAAGUAAUUAGAAUUCCUGCUAAUCAAAAUAUCGUCACGUCAAAUCAAGUGCACCAAAUCCAAAUGCCCGGACGUCAGGUGCAAUAUGUUCGAUUAGUGAGCACACCGGCCACUGGAACAAGUAAUGUUGUCACUGUUGGAAAGGCAAAGCCUCAAGCAACUCUUCAAACUGUUGGUGUUCAUCAAAAAAUUGGACCUCAACCACAAAUUGUCAAAGCAAUCAGAAGUGUCACACCGAAAGGGGGACCAGGACAAAGAUUGUUGAUUCCUUCAGUUGGCGGUCAAGGUAAAAGUGCGGUCGCAAUUCCAGCUUCAGCUCUGAGCCAAUUGGCCUCAGGUCAAGCGGUUAUUUCUGGAGGUUCAAAUGUUGGAAAUAUUGUUGUUCUCCCUGCUCAAUAUCUUCAACAGCAGAAAGAUGACUUAAAAUUGAAAACACUCCAUCAAUCGACGUCGAGUUUGCUGAAUAGUUCACAAGGUUCAAUUGGUUCACCUGGAAAUAUAUCAAUUACAUCAUUCAAUGAGAGUAAAAUGUCACAGAGAUCAGCCGCAAAUGCCGAACCAAAUGGAAUUCGUCCACGAAAACCUUGCAAUUGCACCAAAUCUCAAUGUCUCAAACUAUAUUGCGAUUGCUUUGCAAAUGGUGAAUUUUGUCACAUGUGUAACUGUAACAAUUGUUCGAAUAAUUUAGGAAACGAGGAAGAAAGACAGAGAGCUAUCAAAUCAUGUUUAGAGCGUAAUCCAAAUGCUUUCCGACCAAAAAUUGGAAAAGGUCGCGAUAUCGGUGAGGAUAUUGUCAGAAGACACACCAAAGGUUGCAACUGCAAACGAAGCGGUUGCUUGAAAAAUUACUGUGAAUGUUACGAGGCGAAAAUCCCAUGUUCUGCAAAUUGUAAAUGUAUAGGUUGUCGAAAUGUUGAGGAGACACUUUUAACGAAAAAAUCAUUGAAAGAUUUAGCUGACGCCGCUGAAGUUCGAACGGCACAACUCACUUUGAAUAAAGCUAAAAUGCAACAAUAUUUGGAUUCCACCGCUUUUAGACCAGCGGCCACUUCAAAUACAGGAGCAAGACAACCAUUUAAUUUCCUAACAGACAAAGUUGUCGAGAUAACAUGUCAAUGUUUAAUGGCACAGGCAGACGAUGCCGAGCGAAAUAUGAUUGACGAGGAGACAUCGCAGAAAUUGAUAAUCGAAGAGUUUGGACGAUGCUUGAAGGAAAUUAUAGAAUCUGCCGACAAAGCAGAAAAUAUCUAGCAUUAUAUUACUUCACAAGAGAAAAGAAUUUCCAAUUUUUACAAUCUUGCGCAUUAAAAAUCGAUAAAUCUGCUUAUUUGCAAGUCUUAAAAAAACAAAAAUGACUGAUGAAAUUAAUGCGAAUACCAAAGACGGUAUGGACUAUAAAAAAAAGAAAAUUGUUUCGAGAAGAAAAAUUUGGAAUCGAAAAAAAAGAAGAUACAAAAGAUAAGAGAAUGCACGAGAAUAGCGAAUUUUUAAAACUAACCUAUUUUUUUUUAAUCAACUUCUAUCAUUUAAAAAGCGUGAGUAGAUCUUGACAAUUUAUUCUGAAUUGGAAUUUUCAAAAGCUCAUUGCAAUUGAAGGGGAAUUGUGAAAUUUGAUUUGUAUAUAAAUAUUAUAGGGAAUAAUUGUGAGAAUAUGAUGUUAGCAUAAUAUAUCAAUUAGCAAAGAAAUUAAUUUUUCUUUUGUCUCAAGAAAGGCGAAAAUUCAAUUUAAAUCGAUCCUUUUCAAAAGAAAUUGUUCCAUUCGUCGAAAUGAAAUUAUAAAAAAAAAAGGGGAAAAUUUCAAUUUAAUUCACCGCCUACUUUGUAAAGUGUACAAAGAUUCUAAAAACGAAAAAAAAUGACGAGGAGGAAUUUUGAUAUUUUUAAAAUUUAAUCUUGUUUCGAUACAAAAAUAGUAAUAGUAACUUUUCUUUACGUAAAAAAAUACUUUCAGAGUUUUCUUUGAAAUUUACAAUGUUCAAUCUUUUUUCCAACUAUUCACUGAAAGUAUUUAGAUUUAGUUUUAAAAUUUUUAGUUAUGUAGAAUUUUUAUUUCAAUUGUGAAUAAAUAUUCACAUUUAAAACACGAAAAAAAAGAAUGCAUUUUGAAAAUCUCUUUUUAGUAAAUUGUUUAACGAUUUAUUAACUUUUUUCCAUUAGGAUAAAAUAGAUUUUAAAAAAAAGUAAUAAAUUAUACUUUUUCUGUUUUGUAUUUCAAUUGUCAAUCAAACACAGUUUUUUUUUCUUUUUCUCUCUCUCUCACACACAGAUUGUUUUUAGAUUGACAGAAUAUAGACGAAAUAUAUAUUAAAAAAAACAGACUUUACACUUAUUUGUAGAAAUAAUGUAAGAAACAAGAAAAAAAUGUAUAGAUAGGAGUCGAUUGAAGUAUAUAUAUAAAUAAAAUAUAUUAUUAUAUUCAUAAGAGUUGAUAAAUUGCGAACUUUUCGGUGAAAAAUCUGUGUUCAAUGACAUUGUAGCUAUUAUUAUCAAAUAGCUUUGCGAAAUUUAUCAUGUUACAUUUCUACUCAUUAAAUUAUCAGAGAUAAAAA